CUUGCCCUUUGUUUUGGUCUCCCAUCACACCUUCCCCAAAGCUGGAAAUUGAGUAAGAUGUGUUAUUGUUUGUGAGAUGUUGGCAGAGUGUCUGACAGCAACGGCACAGACCCUGGCUGAAUUCUUGAAGCCGUAUCCCUGCUGCCAUGCACCAAGGCCUGGCAGCAGCAGCGCCAGAACACGUCUCGGUGAACGCUGCAGAGCUCGUGUUAUGUACGACUUUGCUGCUGAGCCUGGAAACAACGAGCUGACCGUCAGUGAAGGGGAGAUCAUCACAAUUACCAACCCGGAUGUCGGUGGAGGGUGGUUAGAAGGAAAAAACAGCCAAGGAGAAAGAGGACUUGUCCCAACAGAUUAUGUUGAGAUUAUAACCGACGGUACAAAAGAUGGAAUUAGUUGUGGUAAUUCAUUAGCUGACCAAGCCUUUUUUGAUGCCCUCUCUUCAAAUACAGCUCAGACCAGCUCGGCUGCAAAAAGUAGUAAUCAGGUAAAUAAUGCCAGUGAUCCUUGGUCAGGCUGGAAUAUUGGGAAGUCUGGGAACUGGGAUAAUGGAACCGCUGGAGACAGUUGGGCAACGAAACCUGAAAGUGCAGCUGGCCAGAGGAACAGUGCUUCAAAUAACUGGGAUACAGCAGCAACAUUUGGUCAUCCACAGGCAUAUCAAGGACCAGCAGCUGCUGAUGACGAUGAUUGGGAUGAUGACUGGGAUGACCUGAAAUCAUCUUCACCAUCUUACCUUGGUUACAAGGAAACUGAGUCGUCAGAGGCUGGGGGGUCCCAGCGUGGAAACUCUCGUGCAGCUGCUAUGAAGUUACCACUUAACAAAUUUCCUGGAUUUGCAAAACCUGGAAUGGAACAGUAUCUAUUGGCAAAGCAGCUAGCAAAACCGAAAGAGAAGAUUCCCAUAAUUAUUGGUGAUUAUGGCCCAAUGUGGGUUUAUCCUACCUCUACAUUUGAUUGUGUGGUGGCAGAUCCCAAAAAAGGUUCAAAAAUGUAUGGUCUCAAGAGCUACAUUGAGUAUCAGCUGACCUGCACUAACACUAAUCGAUCUGUCAACCACAGAUACAAGCACUUUGAUUGGUUGUACGAGCGUCUCCUGGUUAAAUUUGGAUUAGCCAUUCCAAUCCCAUCUCUUCCAGACAAGCAAGUAACAGGGCGCUUUGAAGAAGAAUUUAUCAAAAUGCGUAUGGAGAGGCUGCAAGCUUGGAUGACAAGGAUGUGUCGCCAUCCUAUUGUUUCAGAAAGUGAAGUUUUCCAGCAAUUUCUCAAUUUCCGAGAUGAGAAGGAGUGGAAAACUGGAAAGCGGAAGGCAGAAAAAGAUGAAACUGUAGGAGUCAUGAUCUUUUCCACAAUGGAACCAGAAGCUCCUGACCUUGACAUGGUAGAAAUAGAACAGAAAUGUGAUGCAGUGGGUAGGUUCACCAAAGCAAUGGAUGAUGGAGUUAAAGAGCUGCUGACAGUGGGACAAGAGCACUGGAAGAGGUGUACAGGGCCACUGCCCAAGGAAUACCAGAAGAUCGGAAAAGCACUGCAGAGCCUGGCACUGGUCUUCAGCACUAGUGGUUACCAAGGGGAAUCUGAUCUCAAUGAAGCAAUAACAGAAGCAGGAAAAACCUAUGAAGAAAUCGCCAGUCUUGUAGCAGAUCAGCCAAAGAAAGAUCUGCACUUCCUGAUGGAAACAAAUCAUGAAUAUAAGGGAUUUCUUGGUUGCUUCCCUGACAUCAUAGGAGCUCAUAAGGGAGCUAUAGAAAGAGUGAAGGAAAGUGACAAAUUAGUUGCAACCAGUAAAAUAACACCACAGGACAAACAGAAUAUGGUGAAACGUGUGAGCACAAUGGCUUAUGCACUACAAGCUGAGAUGAAUCACUUCCACAGUAACCGGAUUUAUGACUACAACAGUGUCAUUCGUCUUUAUUUGGAGCAGCAGGCACAGUUUUAUGAAACGAUUGCACAGAAGCUGAGGCAGGCACUCAGCCGCUUUCCUGUGAUGUAGAGAAUAAGGAGUAGUCAACGAUGAAUAACCACCUUGAAGUGCUUUUCUGAUCUGGGGGCAAUGCCAAUAAAAACUUGUUAGCCUUUGCCAGCCAAAAAAUGAAUCAGUUAUGGGGGGGG